CCCCCAGGGAGGGUGGAAGGGCCGCGCUGGGGCAGGCGGCGGCCGCGGGGUCCCUGUCGGUGACCAGCACCGGGGCAAAGCCCUGCUGACCUUGACCUGCUCAGGAGCUGCUGCGCUGCUGCCGGCUGGGUCAGGGGCUGCUUAGAGACAACAACAGAAAUCCAGUGUUUUGCAUGGUCUUCUGCUGCAAGUGCCUGCAGUGUGGGUUUAGUUGACUGCCCGCUUUCCUCACCAGCUCUCGGGUUUCUGCAUAUCCGGAGGUGAUAAUGUGGGCCCUCUCUUUACAGCGCUGGCCGGAGCUGCCAUACCGAGCUGACAGUGUUUUAUGUGCUCACCUCGUGCGUUACUGAGGCUUGUGAGCUUUCACUGUGGUUUCUGGAGAGGUUCUCAAAGAUCCACCAAGCUUCAGUAUUUUCUGUGCUUUCUCUGAGCUAGGACGUUGACAGCUUGGUCAUGGUAACACAAGCAGAGCCCUUCAGCUGACGAGAGACAGGCUGGGUGUCUGCAGGUGCUCAGCUGGUUGGGCUAAAAUGUAGGUUUCUCCAUCUUGUGUUUUGUUUCGACUGAUUGAGAACAUGCUCACAUAUGCCAUAGUGGACCUGCACGUUGUGUGGCAGGCUGGCAGUGCUGUCCCUGUAAUUUUUAGCUGAAAUAGACUUACCUGCUAGACUUCCUCACUAUAGUGGGACAAAGGCUUACUUUGAGCUUCUGGAAGUGUGAAGUAAAACAUUUCCGUCUUUUAGCUCCCGCUGCUCUGACAAAGUGAAUCCCAGGCUCAAGGGUUCCUGUGGCCACCAGGGACUUGUUGACGCACAUGCCAAGAUAGAAAUAACUGAACUGCAUGUUAUUCAAAUUUUGCUGCCCUGGUGCAAGGCCAUCUGUGUAUGGAAACCUAUUUUGGUUUGAAAUAGGACACUCUUAACAAAUGUGUGUCCAUAGUUAGAAGUGCUGUGGAGCAAUACAAGUUCUCAAUUUUGCUCGUUCCAUGACUUAAGUUCCUCUUUCCAUGCAGUUCGGUCUCCUACUGUAGAGACUUUGCAGCUGAUACAGGGCAGCUAUCUUGAAGAUGGGACCCUGGCUGCAGGGGUGGUUCCAGACAUACCUUCAUUUGGGGAGAAAUGUGAAACUGAAAUCCUGCCUGCUUGUGGUGGAGGCCUUCAGGGCCCUGACCCUGCGUCCUGCCACGGUCUCCUGUUUUUUCUGAUUGAAACUAUGUCCUAUUCCACGAACAGAAAUAGAAAAUUGGCCAGAGUUGCGUCCUGUUCCCGGACGCGGUGGGAGGACCAGGCUUGCGGAGGAGUACGUCAGUGUAACUUCUGAGCAGCACAUGCUGUGCCAGCGGUACCUGCCGCCUCUCCUAAUGAUGGAGCGAUAACCUGAGCGAGGGUUUUAGCAGUGUGCCUGCUUUGAUUUGAUGGGAUUAUUUCCCGCAGGGUGCAGGAACUCAGUGAGGUAGUUGGUAAUUUUUUUCCAGUUUUGCCUUAGCUCAUACUCUUCUGUCUGUGGGAAGAGCAAGUCAGUGUCAAAGUGCAGGGCUUGAAGUUGAAGGAAGAAACAAUAAGACCAUUCUCUCUGCAAAUCCUUUGCUAUUUAACUUCAGAACUUGACCUGCUUUCCUGGCAGUGAGGUGCUUCUGUAGCAAAUACGGCAUCAGGCCUGAUCUGGUCAUGUACACAGCAGCUCUUGAACUUGCCUAACUUGUUGAAAAGGACCACCAAGAGGGGAAAAAUUCUUUGCAAACUCAGGACAAUACAUUCAUUUCUGAAAACAUAUUUCUUUGCUAUGUACAUGUCCCAGGCAGAGCCCAGCAGUGUGUGUGGUCAGUCACCGCACUGGAAUACUUGAAACGGACAGUGAAGCCAGCAGAAAAGUAUGCUUGGGAUAAACUAAUCAAAGUGGAGAUGAGCCAGCAAGAGAAUGGGUGAGAGCGAGCGCGAGGGACGUGAACGGCCAGUGGUGGGGUGCUGGGAGAAGAGGAGUUGUGUGGCUGCAGGACACCUCUCUCUCGCCCUAAGCUGCUCGGGUCUGGUGCCGGCAGGAUGUGGGGUGACUUGUUCUGGUGGAGCCACAUCCUCUCCCCGGGCUGUUGUGAAGCUUCUUCCUGCCCCAGGGCUCGCAUCCGGCUUCCCGUCGCUGCCCGGGCGUGUGGGGGGCCGGAUGUGACCCUGCUUGAGAACCACCUCCAGAGAGCAUGCUCCCAACUAAUGGGAAAAAAUGUUCUUCUCAUUGUUUUGGGCUGUUCCCAGAAUAACCCCGCAGCAGGCAGAGCGGCCGAGGCCCUUCGGCAGAGCUCGGCCAAGGCAGCUCAGCCAGGACGGUGAAAGGCCAUCUCCUGGUCAGCUGGUUUGAGUUCUCGGCCACCAUGAUGCUGGGCAGGUGUAUAGGUCAAACUUGCAUUGUUUAAAGAGAACUUCAUUAAAAUAACAAGCUGUCUAAUAGGAGUACUUAUAGAAUCCUGCUCCUUAAUUUAAUCAGUUCUUUCAGUGUUUGUUUUUUUAUUUUUAAGUUCAAAGGCAUGAUAGAAAAGAAACCAAACUUUGCAGACGCCCUGGGGGAGAAGGGCCAUGUAACUGAUCGUCUGUGUGUUUGCCCGGCCAGAGACUCCCCUCUGACCUGUGCAGAGUUCACAACAACAUUUAUCCGAGCGUGCAAACCGAUUGCUGUUGCUCCAUAUCUGUUCCAGAUGCCUCCUCGGUGCCACCCGCCCGGGGGCAGCUGCCCGGAGCAGGUCCUGGUGUGGCAGAGCCGUGUGGUGCAGCGGUGGCUGGGCAGGGGGAACCCACCGGAUUGUUUCCUGGGCUGCGGGCCGAGGAGGGUGCUGGGCACAGGGUGGGUGCUGCUGCGGGCCCUGUGCCGCACGGUGUCUCACCCCGCGGCUCUGCCUGCCGUGGCGGAAAGCCCUGUUCUCUGUGCGUGGCUGCUGCUGCCGCCAUAGAGGGGCUUUGUGUGCGGCAGCACAGAGUGGGGAUUGAUGGCGUGUCCCCUCCCCCUGCCGCCUUGAGCGGAACGCAAAGGGCUCUGACAAAGGCACCCUUCUUCGUCCCGCCGAGGCCAGGGUGCGGCCAGAGGGGGUCCCAGCUCAGCGGCACGGUGCCGUGGGUAGAGGCACCCCCUCCCUUCUGGUGGGGCCGGGACCUGCUGCUCGGGUUCCUGCUGGGCCUCCCCGCAGCAGGCCCCAGCGUGGAGCCGGAGCCUGGGCAGCAUUCGACAGCAGGUCCCUGGCCCGUGUUAGCCCUGUCCCCGCCAUCGCCACUGCGGAAAAGGAAGGAGUGCCAGGGCUGCCUGCCCCCAGGGGCUUUGAGGGGGCACAGCCCCUCUGCUCCCCCCUGAGGUGGGGUGUCAGUGCCAUCCUGGCCGUCUCCACCCUGGUGCUUCCUUGGGGCGGGUUUGGUGGAGGCUGGAGGUGCCGGGGGAGCGGAUCUGCUUCCCCUUGGUGCGACCGUGCUGGAACCUGCCUCAUGGUGCUCUUAGCGUGUGGGGAGUAUCCUCACGCACCUGGAUUGCAGUUCAAAAUGGCCUAAGAGAAGCUCGUAUCAGCAUUCAUUAUCUCCCAGCUCCUCCCAAUGUGUAAUAACAAGUCAUCACAUUAUUGAGAGUGACUUGGAAAAGUUUCAGAAAACGUGCAUCCGUAUGAAGAACAGAUUGUGAGUUCGUUCUUAACUUCACAUUCUGUUUUCUUGGUACUGAGCCUUUUGGGCAGUGGGUUCUGGAUUAUUUGCAAGGUAUCUGGACGAGCCGGUGGAGCAGCACGAGCCCAUGCACUUCAGGUCGUGCUUCGGAGGCUGCGGCUGUGCAGGGAGCGGAGCGGGUCCACACUGCUCUGGCUGCUGAAGCAGAGCGCUCUCGGGGUUUGGUCCAUCGGCAAUAGUGGUUUUGCCAUCACUGGUCACUGCCUUCUGGUCAGUUUGGACUCCAAGUAGUCUGGCUGUUCAUUUGACAUUGUUAUUAUUUACAUAGGGCCCAGACUUGCUCUUUUUUAUUGCCUGCAGCACGAUGUUUGUUCUGACUGGGCAUUGUGAAGUGUAAACCCAGGUCCCACUGGCACCAGCACUCACCUCUGCCUUUUCUAGAAGCAGAUCAGUCCAUAAUGCCUGAAGUGCGAGACCUCUCAGAUGCCUUGCCUGACGUGCCAAUGGAUCCCAUCACAGGGGUUGGUGUGGUUGCGUCCCGGAACCGAGCACCCACAGGUUACGAUGUAGUUGCACAAACAGCAGAUGGCUUGGAUGCUGACCUCUGGAAAGAUGGCUUAUUUAAAUCCAAGGUCACACGAUACCUGUGCUUCACGAGAUCAUUUUCAAAAGAAAAUAGUCAUUUAGGCAACGUCUUAGUUGAUAUGAAGCUCAUUGAUAUCAAGGACACUUUACCCGUGGGCUUCAUCCCCAUCCAGGAGACCAUUGACACACAAGAAGUAGCUUUCAGAAAGAAGAGGCUGUGCAUUAAAUUCAUCCCUCGAGAUUCUACCGAGGCAGCGAUCUGUGACAUCCGAAUCCUGGGCAGAUCUAAGCAAGCCCCUCCUCAGUACACCUUCAUAGGAGAGCUGAACAACAUGGGCAUUUGGUACCGCAUGGGCAAAGUUCCACGCAACCACGAAUCUUCACAGCCUGUGACGCCUCCUUCCCAAGCACCGGCUUCGACCCCAGCCCCUAACCUGCCCAGACACAUCUCGCUGACGCUGCCCGCCAGCUUCCGAGGGAAGAGCCACAGCACACGCCUGGACCUGGAGCACCAGCACUCGAACCUGUACGCCAUAUCAGCAAUGGAUGGAGUGCCUUUUAUGAUUUCGGAGAAGUUUGCCUGCGCUCCUGAAGGGAUUCAGCCAGUUGAUCUCUUGGGCAUCACAAUCAAAACCCUUGCAGAAAUCGAGAAGGAGUACGACUACAGCUUCCGGACGGAGCAGAGCGCGGCCGCCCGCCUGCCGCCCAGCCCCACGCGCUGCCCUCCGCUCCCGCUGUCCUGAGAGGGGCCGCGGCGCGGGAGCAGGCGUGUGCCUGAUACUACUGAGUGGGACGCGGCGCCGGGGGCCCUCCCCACAGACCUGUGCUCCGCCGGCCAUGCCACCCGCCCUGCGCUGCACCGCCUCCUCCUGCACACCCCGCUCCACGCCUCGGGACUGCGCACCCCUUGGCAGCUGCCCCCACCCCCCUCGCUGCUGCGGCCACCUCUCCAAGUGAGUACGUGACUGAGACCCUGAUGGCAGCCCCUCAGUGUCCCCACUUGGUAACCCCUGCUGCAGGACAGUCACAAAGACCAGAGCUGUCACAAACUGCUGCCAACAGCAAGCCCUGAGCUCACCGACCAUCGAGAAAUGCCCAGCAGCAAGCCCUAAAAGUAAGGAAGAGCAAAAGAUAGAGUGGGUUUAUCCACCAGCCCCCAUGCAUCCUGCCCGAGCUGGUGUGGAGCUGCCGGUGGGGUCUCUGUGCCCUGUGGCGUGAUGGCCUCUCCUCAAGCCGCGGCGGACACCGCGCCUGCCUCUGCCGAGGCCCGGGCACAGAGCAGCUCCACCGUGGCCGGGCUCCCCGCCGGCUGCCAUCCCUUGUUUCUGCUGUCAGGGCCAGGGCUGCUCGCUCAGACCUGCCGGGGCCUCCCUGUGCUUGGGCACUGCCAGGGGGAGAGCACAGGGAGCACCAGCUGCACUGGGUUCCUGCACAGGGUGUCCCUGUGCCCCUCGGCACCCAGAGCGACAAACGGCCCCUGUUUCCCUGCGGGCUGGACGCCGGCAGAGCCAGGGCCCUGCUGACAAGGGGGAUGCUGUCCCCUGCCCUCGCUGCGGGCACUGUCCCAGUGUUUGCCCCGCUGGCUGCUAAAACAGGAGAUGUGCCCGUUCCUUCCUGCGCUGCCGGGGAAGCGCUGGACUCUGACGUGGCGCAGGAGGAGAGCGGGAUGCAUUAAACCCUGACCUCCCCCUCCCCAUGAUCACUGACCUUCGCUCGCUCCCGAGCCAAAUGCAUGUCUUGGAGAAGUCUGUUGCUGUAAUAAGUUAUUUAGAAGUGCCCAUCUGACUCCAUGCUGCUCUUUCAAUCUCUGCUGUAGAACAAAGCUACAUCAUGGCAGCAAAAUGGCAAAUUUUAAGUAAGUGUUAAAACAUACAACUUUUUAUAUUGUAAAAUACUGAUUACCUAACCCUAUUGAAAUGCAAUUGCCAUAGUAACAAAUACCAGUAUUGGCGCUCUCAGUCUGGGUCCUACGAGCGCCCUGACCUGCUUUGCACUGCUUUUGAUUGAUCUUGCGUUUUCUAGCUGGACAGAAUGGUGACUAACAGUAGGUUUUGUACUGUCAGCUUGUAUUUUUUAUUUGUAUAUAUGUAAAAUAUUUCUUGUCCAAAGAUCCAUUUCUGGUCUUAAAACAUCAUAGCAUAUUCCUGGGAAAAUGAGCACAAAACACCGUAACAUUCAGGACAGACUGAUUCCAAGUCUUUGCUUCAACUUCUUCCAGUCGGGUAAAUCAUUUGCUAGGGCUGCCUCUGGAAAGCAAGGCUGUGCAUUGGGAAAGCAGAAGCUGAUUUGGUUGCAGGUGUGUUGUAUUUGGGCAAGAGAAUUAAAGCUCUGCCGUUUGCACCAGCUCUGGAGGUUUGGGUGACCCCCUGGAAGUGCUCGUUUACUUGGAGGUUGCAGCACCAUUUGUAGUUGUUAUUUAUCCUGCAGGAAAGCAAAGCCAGACCUCGCUGCCAAGGCUCACAAAGGCGAGAUUGAUGAUGCCGACAUCGACAAAUGAACACUCCGUGGCAGCCUGGUCAUUCGGCUCAGGUUCACUUGAAGUUCAAAUCCACUCCACGCUGCAGUUCUGUGCCCAUCUCAUCCAUCUCUUGUCUUUCUGGUUUUCUGCUUGUCAUUUGUUGUGUGGUUUCCUGUGGCACCCUUCUCCCGUGGCAUCCUUCUCCCGCGGCUCAGUGGACACUGCAGGUAGGACACUGCUGUAUGCAGCGGUGCCUCCUCGUCGCUCGGGGAUGAAGGGGCUGCAGAGACCCGACCCUCGUCCAGUGGGGCACUCCUGGAUAUGUCUCAGAAAAAUGGGCAUGUCUAGCUUCGAGUCCCCUCCUGCGAGGUUUAGCUUAGAGGGCAUCAGUAGCUAAAAUUGGUGCUUUAAUAUUUCUAGCAAACAGUCGCGUUUGCUCAGCCUUCUUGGAGAGAGUGAUCAGCUUUCUCUUCAGUGACCUACAAGAAACACUGGACGGUUCAAAAUGCUGAAGCUGGGACAGCAUCUAAGAAAUCUUUGGGAUAUAUUUGUAUAGUUGGUUCUUACUCUUCCCCUUCUGACGCUGGCCUGGCCAGGCUGCUGCAGGGCUGAACCCCAGAGAAACUGGAGGUCAGAUGGAUGCUCACAGCGUGUCUCUGCACGGCAGGAAUACCCUGUGCUGAACAGCACAGACACAGUUCUCAUGGCACAGAGGAGAUCGAGGUGUUGGGAGCAGGAGCUGCAGGUGCUGGGAGCCAGCUGAGCUCAGAGCCACUGCCGAAAGGCUGGAGAACUGGGCAUUCCCCUGGGGGAGAGGGCUCGGAGCAGCACUCGGAAGCACAGCGAGACCCUGUGUGGGGGGGCUGACUGGGGGUGUCCUCUUCUCAGUCCACCAAUUAUUGGAAGCUUCUUUAUUGCACCUCUGAAUUCCCAAGAUCUUGGGCAUCAGGUCAGCAUUUCCACAGGCAGGUUUUAUCCGCUCUUCCGUAACUUCUGUGCUCACAGAAGCUCGUUGCAAGGCUGGUCCUUGCAUCCGUGCAUCAGGUCCUCCCCACUGGCCUGUGCCACAGCAGGUACCAGCAUCUCUGCAUCUCCCUCCCUCCCUGUCCAAAAGGCCACUGUGGCAAGAUUGGCCUGGGCAGUAAAUAUUCCAGGAGACUGAUGUUGGUGUCUGGCUGCAGAGGAGCCUUGUGGAGCGUGAGGGGAGGGGAUGAGUCAAUGGAAAGCAACAGAAGCAGGUUUGCAGAGCUUUGCCAGAUGUGCUUGGCUGCCUUGCCUCUAUUUCUAGGACAAAACUAGUCUCUAGGUAGCUCAAUCUUGUGGCUGAUGGAGAAAUUAGUUUGCCAAAUUAUCAUAUGUCUGCAACAGAGACAGAAAAGCAGCAGUGAGGGGUUUGCUUACUGUAAAAUACACCUUCUGAUGUGAAUUAGUAGCGACGCGCUGCCUCCUGGAUUUCUCACGGCACAAGCAGGUCGCUUCCGAGGUGACCCGUGGGCCAUUCAGGCCAGGCGGUGCUGUCUGAUGUGUUAAUGGUGGAAAGGCAAGAAAUUAGUCCAGAAAAUAAUGUAGAGUGUGAACUUUGUGGUAAAAUUCAAGUGUGGACAGACGUAGCUGGUGUCUUCCCUGUGGGAGCAUCUCUUAGCUGUAGUCACGUAGGAAUAACCUUUGUCAAACUCCUCUCCUCUGACUGUCCCUGUGUUUGCCGCGGUGUUGUUGGGGAGGAUCCCCGGAGCCCCCCGUGUAGUAGAGGUUGUUGAUAGUCUGUAGCUUUGGGCUUGUUUGGUUUCACACCCGCCCCUGUCCCCCCUGGUUUCCCAAGCUCCCCAGCCUGACCCCGCGGGGCCGGGCAGAGCCCUGCCCUGGGCAUGGUGCUGGGCCCUCACAACCUCCCUGGGGAGGGAGAACAGGGUGCAGCGCCUUCAGAGCCGUCCCACGGGUCCCACGUUGGCCUUCACCCCCCACUGCCCUGGGGUGACACAGGGUCUGUCCCCAGACCUGCCCCCCGGCCGCUCUCCAGCCCCACAGCCCGGCUGGGCCGCAGCAGGGACGUCCCGCAGGCAGCUCACCCGGACCCGCUCCCGAGGGGCACGCGCGUCCCGCUGCCCUGGUAAUUACCUCAGCCUCGGAGCCCUGACGAACAGACGGACCCUCUCCCGGCGGCCGUGUCACCCUGAGCCCCCCAACAGCCUGGCAGCGGGGAGGGGGCUCCCCCGCUCCCCAAACAGCUCACUGAGGUGCUGCUCAACUCUCAGUACAGGGAAACCAAACAGUUUGGAUGUUCCUGUCGUUUAUUGUGAAAUCGUUUCCUAACAGCAACGGUUUUAAAUGUCAUCAUGCAAAUGGAAGAGAGAAACCUUUUAUGCAGUUGCGAAAUGUUUUUCUAAGAUGCUAUGCAUUUUGUUGGGUUAUUGAAAGUGAAUUUACUGUGCAUUAAUCUUAUGAAUGUUACUGUUUUAUAUUUAUUUUAGAUGGCCCUCCUGUAUUUUACAAAGGGAAGUUUCAUUGUGUGAUAACUUAGUCUGUAUUCUUAAUAUAAUUUGUUAAAUAAAACUUGUUUUAAUCAGUUUA